AUGAAGAAGUACCGGCGGGCCUUGGCCCUGGUUUCCUGCCUCUUCCUCUGCUCCCUGGUCUGGUUUCCCAGCUGGCGUGUGUGUUGUAAAGAGAGUCCUUCACCUUCUUCAUAUUAUUCUCAAAAUGACAAUUGUGUACUUGAAAAUGAAGAUGAACAUUUCCAGAAAAAGGAGGAAACUGAUAAAUCCAUUAAUACAGAAUUGUUUGAAAAUAUAGACUCAACCAUGCCUAGCCCACCAGAAUACAAUACCUUAGUAGAUGACUACAGCGUUGAAGAACAGGAUACACAGUCAAGGAUUUUAAGUUCACCUGUAGUUGAAACACUCCCAUCAGUUGACAUCAAUGGAGAUUCUCCUAGUAUAGCUGCAAAUAUUGAAAAUGUUGAGAAUAUUUCCACUUCAUCUACCUCAGAGAUCACUCCAGUCUCAAAACCUAAUGAAAUAGAAAAUUCCAGUGCUGAUAUCCCACUUGCUAGUUUGAGUGAAAUUGAACAGACUGAAACUGACUGUAAUAUUGGUGGGAGCCUUUAUUCAGACCCUCAAGUUGAAAAACAUGGAGCCCUUGGCUUAGACCAGCAUGUUGAACAUUCAGCCUUUGUUGGUCCACCAGAAAGUCUCGUUGGUCAACAUAUAGAAAAUGCUUCCUCUUCUCAAGACAAAGGAAUGAUGACUAAAUCAGAAUUUGAAUCUGUUUCAACAAGUAAGCAGGAUGCAAAUCGUCAAAAAUCUGCAUUGAAUGCUUCAGAUAACUUAAAAGAGGUAGCAGAUUACAAAAAAACUGGAGAAAUUGACCCCACAUCUGUAGUAAGCCCCAAAGAUCCAGGAGACAUUCCAACAUUUGAUGAAUGGAAAAAAAAAGUUAUGGAAGUAGAGAAAGAAAAAAGUCAGUCAAUGCAUCCGGCUUCCAAUGGGGGCCAACAUUCUACCAAGAAAGUCCAGAAAAACCGGAAUAAUUAUGCUUCAGUAGAAUGUGGUGCCAAAAUAUUAGCAGCUAAUCCAGAGGCCAAGAGCACAUCUGCAAUUCUCAUAGAAAACAUGGACUUAUAUAUGCUGAAUCCAUGUAGCACCAAAAUUUGGUUUGUUAUUGAACUCUGUGAGCCAAUUCAAGUAAAGCAGUUUGACAUUGCAAAUUAUGAAUUAUUUUCAUCUACUCCUAAAGAUUUUUUGGUGUCUAUUAGUGACAGAUAUCCAACAAAUAAAUGGAUUAAACUGGGCACUUUUCAUGGUAGAGAUGAAAGGACUGUUCAGAGUUUCCCGUUAGAUGAACAGAUGUAUGCAAAAUAUGUCAAGAUGUUCAUCAAAUACAUAAAGGUGGAGUUGCUAUCACAUUUUGGAUCAGAACACUUUUGUCCAUUAAGCCUUAUAAGGGUAUUUGGCACCAGCAUGGUUGAAGAAUAUGAAGAAAUUGCUGAUUCUCAGUACCAGUCAGAGAGACAAGAGCUAUUUGAUGAGGACUAUGAUUAUCCUUUGGAUUAUAGUACUGGGGAGGACAAAUCUUCAAAAAAUCUUCUUGGUUCUGCCACAAAUGCCAUUCUAAAUAUGGUGAAUAUUGCUGCAAAUAUAUUGGGAGCAAAAACUGAAGACCUUGCUGAGACAGAAGGAAAUAAGAGUGUAUCUGAGAGUACCCCUGCCACAGCAGCCCCUCAAAUGCCAGAUCCAGAGUCAAGCCCCAUUCCAUCACCUGAGUUUAUAACUACUGAAGGCCAUUUACUGGAUAUCGAGCCACCCACUCUGGACUUUUCUAAAGAGAGCCCAAUUGUACAACUGGUCCAAGAAGAAGAGGAGGAACCAAGCCCAUCAACUGUCACUCUUCUGGGGAACGACGAGCAAGAAGAAGAGUCUCCAACAUGGUCUGACUUGGAGACACAAGCAUAUUGCAGUGAGCUGGCAACAGCAUGUUGCAUUUCUAGUUUUUCAGAAUAUCUGCUGAAAUGGUGUUCCAUUAGAGUUGCCCUUCAUCGUUUGCGCAGCAGGACUGUGGGGAGCCGAGAGACUUGUUAUCCUGUUACAGCUCAGCCACCAAUGCUGCUCACAACUGAGGCAAUAGAUGCUUCUGUGUCACAACCUGUGAGUGAGGAAUUAGAUGGUAAGAUGAUGGAGAGAGAAGGUGAAACUCCUGUGGCACAUAAUGUAAGCAGCAGGUUCCAUGAUGAUCUGAUCAAUCAUACCAAGGAUGCUAUUGAACUAGAGCCUAGCCAUCCUCCAACUGUGUCUCAAUCAGACCUUUUGGAUAUAACUCCAGAAAUCAAGUCAUUAUCCAAAGUGGAGUUUCCUGAGCCUGUUAAGAAUGAGGUAGGACAGACAGUAUCACAGCUCUUUCCUCAAGAAAGCAUUGUUGAAGUUUCUACAGAAAUGGAAAAAAAGUCUGAGACCAGUGUUGCUAUAGAAAAACAUUCUGUGAUCUAUGAAACGAAUGCUAUGGGUGAAGUUAAGGAAAGUAGCAUUAGGGACGAUAUAAAUUCAGUUCAAAUGAUUCUGAAGCCUUCAGAAUCAGUCCUGCCACCUGAACACACAGCCUCUGUGGCAGAUAGUGAAGAUGAGGAAGCCAAGGUGACUGCCACUGACACACACAAGCAAAUUCCGCCUUCUGUUGUGGAGUCUUCUCCAGCUGCUGACAUAAGAGAAGAAGAGCAAGCAGCAGAAGAUGUGCUCCUGGCUAUCCCAGUGCAUGGUGGGUUGCAGAGGACAGCUCCUGAUUUUUAUGCUGAAUUACAAAAUUCAACAGAGCUAGGGUACGCCAAUGGAAACCUUGUGCAUGGAUCAAACCAAAAGGAGUCUGUAUUCAUGAGGCUUAACAACCGCAUUAAAGCCCUAGAAGUCAACAUGUCUCUCAGUGGCCGAUAUCUAGAGGAACUUAGCCAAAGGUAUCGAAAACAAAUGGAAGAAAUGCAAAAGGCUUUUAAUAAAACUAUAAUAAAACUUCAGAACACUUCUCGAAUAGCAGAGGAACAGGACCAGCGGCAAACUGAAGCUAUCCAGUUGCUGCAGGCACAGCUGACCAACAUGACCCAGCUAGUUUCUAAUUUAUCAACAGCAGUAGCAGACCUAAAGCGUGAGGUUUCAGAUCGACAAAGCUAUCUCGUGAUUUCUUUGGUUCUCUGCGUCAUCUUGGGAUUAAUGCUUUGUAUGCAGCGUUGUAGGAAUACUUCUCAAUUUGAUGGAGAUUAUAUUUCAAGGCUUCCUAAAAACAAUCAUUAUCCAAGCCCUAAAAGGUGUUUUUCCUCAUAUGAUGAUUUGAAUUUAAAAAGAAGAACAUCAUUUCCCCUCAUCAGAUCAAAAUCUCUUCAAUUAACUGGCAGAGAAGUAGACCCAGAUGACUUAUACAUCGUAGAACCACUCAAGUUCUCACCAGAAAAAAAGAAGAAACGCUGCAAAUAUAAAACUGAAAAAAUUGAAACUGUAAAGCCAUCUGACACAUCGCAACCGAUAGCCAAUGGAGACAUUAAAGGAAGGAAGCCCUUUACGAACCAGAGAGAUUUCUCUAAUAUGGGAGAGGUUUAUCACUCUUCUUAUAAGGGUCCUCCAUCUGAAGGAAGCUCAGAGACAUCAUCCCAGUCUGAGGAAUCCUAUUUUUGUGGCAUUUCAGCUUGCACAAGUUUGUGUAAUGGACAGACCCAAAAAACAAAAACUGAGAAGAGGGCUUUAAAACGAAGGCGAUCUAGAGUCCAAGACCAAGGAAAGUUAAUAAAAACUUUAAUUCAGACUAAGUCGGGUUCAAUGCCGAGCCUGCAUGAACUAAUCAAAGGAAACAAGGAGAUCACAGUGGGAACGUUUGGUGUCACAGCAGUAUCAGGACACAUCUAAAACUAGCUGAAUUUUUCAUACUGGAGACUUUUGUUGUUCACUGAAAGAAGUCUGUGGUAUUUGAAGGGGUUGGGGGGGCGGGUUA